ACGACAGGGAGGAGCAAGGAGCUGGCCUCUCCAUCCCGGUCACUCAGUCCAGGGAGAGCAAUAACUAUCACAAAAAUAAUUGCACCUGACGGCCGAGCUUCAAUGAACCGCUCUACAAACGCUUUCGCCCUUAGUAAUCACUGAGCUGUUUACAGAGUUUUCACCAGCUCCCCAGGGAGGUGUCAUUAGCCCCAUUUUACAGGCGGGAAUUCGGGGCCAGAGGGGCUGGAGGACUUAUCAGCCGAAGCAGGCCUCCAGGAUCCAAAUGGGAACCCCAAAGCAGCCCUCGCUGGCUCCUGCACACGCCCUAGGCGUGAGGAAGUCCGAUCCCGGAAUCCGGAGCCUGGGGAACGACGCAGGAGGAAGGCGGCGGAGACCAGCAGCCCAGAGUAUGUUCCAGAUCCCAGAGUUUGAGCCCAGUGAGCAGGAAGACUCCAAUACUGCAGAAAGGGGCCUGGGCCCUAGCCUCACUGGGGACCAGCCAGGUCCCUGCCUGGCCCCAGGUCUCCUGGGGAGCAUCAGACACCAACAGGAACAGGCAGCCAACAGCAGUCAUCAUGGAGGCACUGGGGCUAUGGAGAUCCGGAGUCGCCACAGUUCAUACACCGCGGGGAACGAGGAGGAUGACGGGAUGGAGGAGGAGCUCAGCCCAUUUCGCGGCCGCUCACGUUCGGCUCCCCCUAAUCUCUGGGCUGCGCAGCGCUACGGCCGCGAGCUCCGAAGGAUGAGCGAUGAGUUUGAGGGUUCCUUCAAGGGACUUCCUCGCCCAAAGAGCGCAGGAACUGCAACACAGAUGCGACAAAGCGCCAGCUGGACGCGCAUUAUCCAGUCCUGGUGGGAUCGAAACUUGGGCAAAGGAGGCUCCGCCCUACCAGGCUGGCGCCUGCGCUACCCCAACUUCCGGAAGCGGCAACUUUUCCCCCUUUCCCGUACCGGGCUGCCCUCCUGCGCCAAAUUGCGAGCCGGGUUACAUCGUGACUUGGCUGCAGCCCUAUUAUGUGAACUGGGAGCUCGUGGUCGCAACAAACGGACCUGGCGGGGCACGCUGGGCGGGGCGACACAAUCACUAGGGAACGGAGAAGCUUCUCAUGGGGACCUGGAGCGGGGCCCAGAGCUCAGUUCAGAGAUUUAUUGGCGCCCCUAUAGCCCAGGCCAGUGCUUUGCGCUGGAUAUGCAGAUAAGUUGCGCCACAACCCUGCUUCCCGGAACAUGGGAGGGGGCAGCCCCCACGGCAGUGCCUCAAGGAGUAGGUCAGACUUGA